AUAUGAAAAAAAAUUUGAUUAAUACUUUAUAUGUAGAUUUUUCACACUUUGCAUAAUUCUCACAACCCGAAGUUCUAGAUUUUAUAAUUAAUGAAUACUAUAAAAUUGAACCUCAUCUUUAAUAAGUUGUUCCAAAUUUCAUACAGUCAGUUUUAUAAGAAUAAAUAGUAAAAGAUGCUAUCUACUAUUUGAGUUUUUAUAAUAAGCCUAAUCCUUUAAAAAUAAGAAACUUGGUAACAGCUGAAUUAGGAAAGUUAAAUUGUAUAGAAGGUUUAGUAACAAGAACUUCAGAAGUACGCCCUGCUCUUUAAUUUGGUACUUUUUAAUGCUAGAUAUGUAAUAGUGAAGUCAAAGACAUUGAAUAAUAAUUUAAAUACACAUAGCCUAAAGUAUGUAGCAACCCAGGCUGUAACAAUCAUGAUAAAUGGAACUUAUUAGCAAAUUAAAGUUUGUUUGUAGAUCUAUAAAAAAUAAGAGUUUAGGAAGAUUCAAGUAGCAUUCCAGCCGGUAGCAUGCCCAGAAGUUUAGAUAUUAUUUUGAUCAAUGAAAUUGUAGAAACUGCUAAACCAGGAGAUGUUUGCUCUUUCACAGGAUUCUUGGUGGCCUUCCCAGAUAUUACAGCUUUAACUAAGCCAGGUGAAAAAGCUUAAUUAGAAAUGAAAAAUGAAGGAAUUAAAGUUAGAAAUGAAAACGCAGGAGAUGGUAUUACAGGGUUAUCUUAAUUGGGAUAAAGAGACUUAAAUUAUAGAUUAGUAUUUUUGGCAAGACAUGUCUAGAAAACAUAAACGAAAUUUACAGUAGGAAAAAAGGAUUUGGAAGAAGAAGAAGAGGAAAUGUCAGAAAAAGAAAGAGAAUUAUUAAUAAAAGAAAAGUUUACAUAAAAAGAACUUCAAAGAAUAAAAUAUAUGUUCGAUAGUUCUAAAAGUAUAUAUGAUAAAUUAGCAGGUUCUCUUGCUCCAUAAAUACACGGUCAUUUAGAAAUCAAAAAAGGAAUUCUUCUAAUGCUUUUUGGAGGAGUUAAUAAAAAAACUGAAGAAGGAAUUAACCUAAGAGGAGAUAUUAAUAUAUGUGUAGUUGGGGACCCUUCAACUGCAAAAUCUUAAUUUCUUAAAUAUGUGCAUAGGCUUGUUAAAAGAUCAGUUUAUACUUCUGGUAAAUCUUCAACUUCUGUUGGUCUUACUGCAAGUGUAAGCAGAGAUCAUGAUACUGGUGAAAAUUGUAUUGAAGCAGGAGCUUUAUUAUUGGCAGAUCAUGGAAUUUGCAUGAUUGAUGAAUUUGAUAAGAUGGACAAAGCUGAUUAAGUAGCAAUUCAUGAAGCUAUGGAACAAUAAACUAUCUCUAUUACUAAGGCAGGUAUUCAAGCAACUUUGAAUUCAAGAACAAGUAUUUUGGCUGCUGCUAAUCCUUUGUUUGGAAGAUAUGAUAAAUCCAAAAGUUUAAAAUAUAAUUUAGAUAUUAGUGCUCCAAUCAUGUCUAGAUUUGAUCUUUUCUUUGUAAUUUUGGAUGAUUGUAACGAAUAAGUUGACAAAUAUAUUGCUAAGCACAUCGUUAAUAUGCAUAGAGAUUGGGAAAAAGGAAUUGUUCCGGAUUUCUCGAGUGAAGAUAUUUAAUUAUAUAUAAAAUACGGAAAAACUAUUAGACCUAGAUUUACUAAAAUCGCAGCUGAAGAGCUUUAAAAAUCAUACGUUAAAUUAAGAUCUUAAGAUGCUACUUCUUAAAAUACUUCAUAUAGAAUAACUGUUAGAUAACUUGAAUCCCUUAUUAGAUUAAGCGAAGCCCUUGCAAGAAUUCACUUAAGUGCUGAAAUCUAACCUGAAUAUGUUAAGGAAGCUACUAGAUUACUAAGUAUGUCUAUUAUUAAAAUCGAAAAAGGAGAAUAAGAUUAUGCUAUUGAAGAAGAUUAAGGUACUUAAGAAUUGGUUACUGCUAUGGAAUAGCAUAAUAUAAUUUAACAAGAAAUUGAUGAUAAAAUUUAAUAAGAAAGAUAAUAAUAAAAAGUUGUUAAAAUGACAUACGAAGAAUAUUAUAAAAUUAAAUAAACUAUUAUUUAAACAGUUAAAACAAUGUAAAUUUAAUUAGAAUAAGCUGCUGGUGGCGAAAUGGAAUAAGAAAUUUAAAAUGGAGUUAGUUAACGAGAUAUAAUCGAAUAAAUUAUUUAUGAAUAAUUUGAAUAAGAUAAAUAAAAUUAAGAUCUAUAAAAGGCCUUUUAAUUAAAAAAACUAUAUGCAGCAAUAAUUAAAAAACUUAUAGAAACAGAAAAUAUAUUAAUUAUUACUGAAGAUUCUAGAAAUUUUGAUGAUCGUAAAUUAGCUAUACAUGCUAAUUAUUCUGAAGAUUUUUGAGGAAUUUUAAUAAAAUUCGAAUUAAUUUAAUGUAAAAUGAAUAAUAAUAUUUAUGUAUAUUUUAAGGCUUUUUUUA